CCAGAAAAAAAAGUUGUGGUGCACCUGAAGAAGAUGGAUACAGCCUAUGAUAACUUUGGCAAUUCUGGAUAUUUCACCAUCAUUUAUAACCAAGGCUUCGAGAUUGUGUUGAAUGACUACAAAUGGUUUGCCUUCUUUAAGUAUGAAACCAAGGGCAGCAAGGUAAUCAGUUACUGCCACGAGACAAUGACGGGGUGGGUGCAUGAUGUGCUGGGCCGGAACUGGGCUUGUUUUGUUGGAAAGAAGGUGGAAAGUCCUGAAAAUGUGAAUAUAAACAUGGCACACCUUGAAAGCCACUUGGAAAAAUAUUCUAAUAGGCUCUACAAAUAUGAUCAUAACUUUGUGAAGGCCAUCAAUGAUAUCCAGAAGUCUUGGACUGCAACUACAUACAUAGAAUAUGAAACUCUUACCUUGAAAGAGAUGGCUAGGAGACGUGGUGGCCACAAUCAGAUAAUCCCAAGGCCCAAACCUGCACCAUUGACUGCAGAAAUGCAGGAAAAGAUUUUACAAUUGCCAAAAUCUUGGGACUGGAGAGAUGUUCAUGGUAUCAAUUUUGUCAGCCCUGUUCGAAACCAAGGAUAUUGUGGAAGCUGCUAUUCAUUUGCUUCUAUGGGUAUGUUAGAAGCAAGAAUCCGUAUAUUAACCAACAACACUCAGACCCCAAUCUUAAGUCCUCAGGAGGUUGUGUCUUGUAGCCAGUAUGCUCAAGGUUGUGAAGGUGGUUUCCCGUACCUCAUCGCGGGAAAGUAUGCCCAAGAUUUUGGUUUUGUGGAAGAAUCCUGCUUCCCCUACACAGGCACUGAUGCUCCUUGCAAAGUAAAAGAGGACUGUAUGCGUUACUACACCUCUGAGUACCACUACGUGGGAGGUUUCUACGGGGGAUGCAAUGAAGCCCUGAUGAAGCUGGAGCUGGUCCAACACGGACCUAUGGCAGUCGCCUUUGAAGUCUAUGAUGAUUUUAUGCACUAUCACAAAGGGAUCUACCACCACACUGGGCUGAGAGACCCUUUCAACCCCUUUGAGCUGACGAAUCAUGCUGUGCUGCUUGUGGGCUAUGGCACUGACUCGGCCAAUGGGAUGGAUUACUGGAUUGUGAAAAACAGCUGGGGCACAAGCUGGGGUGAGAAUGGCUACUUUCGGAUCCUCAGAGGCGCUGACGAGUGCGCAAUCGAAAGCAUAGCGAUGGCGGCCAAGCCAAUCCCUAAAUUGUAGGCUCUGCUUCCCAGUAAUUUAUGGGGUCAUCAUCAGUCAUGAAAGAGAUGGCUUGGUUUACAGACUUCAUGUGUUUACAAGCGCUAUUUCAUAACCUUCAAAUAGAUCUCUAUGAAGUGUUUUGCCUUUCAAAUUAAAAAUACCCUUUUUAAAUUA